UGUGGUGCUGCUUGUCGCUUUCUCGACGCAAGAUGCGCUUGGAGCUGUCAAGAUCCAGAGUUGGCAUCUGUCAGGGCCUUGGCCUGUUGGUAAGAAUGAACUCGAUGCGGAUCCCAGUUUUGAACUUGCGAAUGGAGGCGUGUUCGAAUUGUGGAAUAAUAGGAGAACAACGAAUGCCACUGCGACAUCAAGAUCAAAUCCAUCAACUCCGACGACUCCAAGUCGUGGCGCUUCUGCGGCUUUCUUUAGUGAACUCGUUACUGGUGGACAGCUUGCUGGAUCUUUUUCAAAGGAACAACUUUUCGACCCAAGUUUCAUUCAAGGUAAGAACAUUGGACAGAAACCUCCCUCAAAACAAAAUUUUAAUGAUGUAUGGGCUACGGUAAAUCCGACGCGUCGGGUGGAAUGGAGUCAGCUAGUGCAACAACUCUCGGCUAUGGAAGUCCUAGAAUUUCAGGCAUGGGCAGUUGCAACAGUCGACUUUUCGAAGACCAUGAGCAAAGGCAAAGCGUCUAACGAUAUCAAAGUCUAUGCCGUCGGAUGUGAAGGAGUGCGACAGUUCUUUAUUGACGACGAUGCUCAGAUAUUCACUGGUGACAUGUUUCGCACAGGUGCAAUCAAAGGCGUCUUCUCUCCGACGAAAACCAAACAUACUUUAUUCGUGCCAUUGAAAGCGAAAGGACCUGCUACUGAGUUCAAAUGCGGCUUCGAGCCCCUCCCUUCGAUUGGAAGUGGAACUUUUGCAAAUCGUCCAGCAUCAAGUUUAGAAGGAGAUGUAGUUCAUGCAGAGAUCGCAGCAAAAGC